CAAUGAACUUACCAUAGUAGCCAUCAUCCAGCGUUUGGGCUGCCAUCACAGGACGCCUACAUAACGGGAGCUUCAGAGCAGAGCAAAAAAUGCAUUCCUAUCAAUAGCAAGCCAGCCAUGGCGCAAGAUUCCCAGUCCAGCUACUACCCCCAUUACCUCCUUCUGGCCGCCAUCCUCCUGCUCCCGGUACUCCUCCUCAAGCUCAGGCCGCGCAGGCCCAACGGCGCUAACCUUCCCCCGGGGCCAUGGCAGCUGCCGGUCAUCGGCAGCAUGCACCACCUCGUCGGCGCACUCCCACACUGCGCCAUGCGCGACCUCGCCCGCCGUCUCGGCGCUCCGCUGAUGCUGCUCCGCCUCGGCGAGCUCCACGUCGUCGUGGCCUCGUCGGCGAACGCGGCGAGGGCGGUCUUGAGGACUCACGACGCCGCGCUAGCUACCCGGUCGCUGACCGCCACCAUCCGCGCGCUCAGCAUUGACGGCUUCGGCGUGGUGUUCGCGCCGCAGGGCGAGCACUGGCGCCAGCUCCGCAAGCUCUGCGUCACCGAGCUGCUCAGCGCGCGGCGGGUCCGGUCCCUCCGCAGCUCCCGCGAAGCAGAGGCCGCCGCCCUCGUCGCGUCCGUCGCGUCGCUCUCGGCGUCGGCGUCCGAGCCGGUGAACGUCAGCUCCCUCCUCGCCACCUACGUCGCCGACGCGGCGGUGCGCGCCGUGGUGGGCGACCGGAUAGGGGACCGCGACGGCUUCCUACAGUGCGUGGACGAGGUCGUGGUGGCGGCCGCCGGGUUCAGCCUCGUCGACCUGUUCCCGUCCUCGCGUAUCGCGCGCGCAUUGAGCGGGAGGGCGCGGCGCGUGGAGCUGCACAGUGCCAAGAUGAGCCGGCUCAUAGACGGUAUCCUCGAGGAGCACCGCGCGAGGAGGUCGGCCCCAGGCGCGGGAGACGAGGAACAAGACCUCGUGGACGUUCUGCUGAGGCUCCAGACGGACGGCGGGCUUCACGUUCCUCUCGAGACACGAACCAUCCGCGCCGUGCUCACCGAUAUGUUAGGGGCUGGGAGCGAGACCUCCUCGACGACGCUCCACUGGGCCAUGGCGGAGCUGAUGCGGGAGCCGAAGAUGUUACGCAGGGCGCAGGACGAGGUGCGCGUAGCCUUCGCCGGGGAUAGCCACGUCCGGGAGGAGGCCCUGCCGGAGCUGCGCUACCUGCAGCUCGUGAUCAAGGAGACGCUCCGGCUGCACCCGGCGGUUCCGCUGCUGGUCCCGCGGGAGUGCCAGGAGGCCUGCCGUGUUCUCGGCUACGACGUGCCCGUGGGCGCCAUGGUGCUGGUCAACGCGUGGGCGAUCGGGCGGGACGUCGAGAGCUGGGGCGCGGACGCCGAGGAGUUCAGGCCGGAGAGGUUCGAGGAGGCCGGCAGGGGCGCACUGGACUUCAAGGGGGCGGAUUUCGAGCUCGUGCCGUUCGGCGCGGGACGGAGGAUAUGUCCCGGCAUAGCGCUCGGCGUCGCUGUCAUGGAGCUCGCGCUGGCCAGCCUCCUCUUCCAUUUCGACUGGGAGCUCCCUAACGGCACCGCCCCGAAUCAGCUGGAUAUGACGGAGGCGGUCGGGAUCACCACGCGAAGGAAGAGCAACCUCUGCCUGCACGCCACUGUUCGAGUGCCGGCCUCUUCCUAGUGGGCAGAUAUAGUAAUAUAGGGCGUGCCGGGAGAUUAGGCCAGUGAGAUUUUAAAUAAAUCUCACUUGGCUGACUUUAUAUGUUGAUGUAUCCGUAAUUAUUUUGAAUCUGUUGGGUCUUGUAACUUGUUCAUAUGGUU